AGCCAAGCCGCCUGCAGAGCAAAGGUAUUCGGAAGGCCCGCCAUUGGCUACCAGACUUGCAAGCUGCUGGGCUUUGAUUGGCUGCGGGGCUUCCUUUGUUCCUUUCCCCGCUGCCGCAGAAGACGGAAGUUUGACUCUGCUCCGCAGCAGCUGGAGAAAUGCAAAAAAGAGCCCAGGAGCGAGCGGUGUGGAGCAAUCUCGCGAAGCCCAUUUCCUUUCUAACCACAUCCUUCUGUCAGUAAGGGUGGAGUAGGAAGGGAAGAGGCGUCUCUGUUGCCGUUGGUCCCGGAAUCUCGUGUUGUCUGUGCUGAGGAUCCCGACAUGGAUUUGGAGAGCAAAAUCAAGAAGAUGGGCUUAGGACAUGAAGAAGGAUUUGGAGCCCAAUGUUUAAAAUGUAAAGAUAAAUGUGAAGGAUUUGAACUACACUUCUGGAGAAAAAUAUGUCGAAAUUGCAAGUGUGGCCAAGAGGAACAUGAUAUUCCCACCAGUAAUGAAGAUGACCGCAAAGUGGGAAAGCUCUUUGAGGAUACAAAGUAUACUACUCUAAUUGCAAAGCUGAAAUCCGAUGGUAUUCCCAUGUAUAAGCGUAAUGUAAUGAUACUGACUAAUCCUGUGACAGCCAAGAAGAAUGUGUCCAUCAAUACAGUAACUUACGAAUGGGCACCUCCUGUUCAGAAUCAAACCUUGGCGAGGCACUACAUGCAGAUGCUUCCAAAGGAGAAACAGCCCGUGGCUGGCUCGGAAGGGGCUCAGUACCGCAAGAAACAGUUGGCCAAGCAGCUGCCUGCUCACGAUCAGGACCCUUCCAAAUGCCACGAGCUGACACCUAAUGAGGUGAAGCAGAUGGAGCAGUUUGUGAAGAAAUACAAGACCGAAGCGCUGGGCGUGGGUGAUGUUAAGCUUCCCAGCGAAGUGGAAGGGAAAGCCGGGGAGAAGGAUAUCCUGAGUAAUGGCGAGAAGGGAACCUCCACUACCGUAGGAGCCAUGGAAGGCAAACAGGCUGGUCAGAAGGGAACUCAAUAUUUCUGUUUCAGGUGCAAUCAAAAUAUGAAGGAAGGUGACCCAGCUGUGUAUGCUGAACGGGCUGGAUAUGACAAACUCUGGCAUCCUGCUUGCUUUGUCUGCUGCACCUGCAGUGAACUCCUGGUAGAUAUGAUCUAUUUCUGGAAAAAUGGAAAACUCUAUUGUGGCCGACACUACUGUGACAGUGAAAAACCUCGCUGUGCUGGAUGUGAUGAGCUUAUUUUCAACAAUGAGUAUACACAAGCUGAAGGUCAAAACUGGCAUCUGAAGCAUUUCUGCUGCUUUGAUUGUGACUGUGUCUUGGCUGGAGAAAUCUACGUCAUGGUUAAUGAAAAGCCCACCUGCAAACCCUGUUAUGUGAAGAAUCAUGCUGUGGUUUGCCAAGGCUGCCACAAUGCUAUUGAUCCUGAAGUUCAACGUGUGAGUUACAACAACUUCAACUGGCAUGCUACCACAGAGUGCUUUCUGUGCUCCUGUUGCAGCAAGUGUCUGAUUGGCCAGAAGUUCAUGCCGGUGGAAGGAAUGGUUUUCUGCUCAGUAGAAUGCAAGAAAAAGAUGAUGUCCUAAUGGGAAGGAAACCAAACUGGGAACCAAGUUUUGCCUUAUUUCAAAGUCCUCUUCAUGUCUACUGUAUUGGGGGAUUUUUUAAAAACAAAAUCAAAAGUAUUAAUGGCAGAAUCCAAAGAUUUUAUAUUACUAACUUGAUUGCUUAUGAUUUAAAUUCUUAGGCACAUCUCAGUGCUUUUGGUUUCUUGUUGCAGGAUGUUUUUCAAGAUAGGGACUUCAAUGUAUUAAUACACUUCAAAAAUGUCCUAUAGACGGAUACGGUACCUCAGGCCAUUAAAUUGGACUGCAUUUUCCAUUAUGAAUAGUUGUUGGACUUGAGAAUGGAUCCUGAUGAGAGUUGUGAUGAGAUAUUGUGGAAUCCCACAAUAUCUGGAAGACCAUUGGCUUUGUAUCUUGUCCUAUAGUCCUCAGAUUUUUCUUCUAUAUUAUACAGAUUCUUCAGUAACAAAAUAUUGAUUGGAUAUGUUGUAGACCUUAUGCCUUAUAUUGACAUUUUCCAACUUAAUGCAUUCAAAUGUGAUUUGUUAAAAUUCCCACACUUGCCAGUUAAUAAAAUACACCAGUAGUGUCCCUAUAGUGUGAGUCUCAUACUGAAUUGUACUGUUUUAGACUCCAUGAAUAUAUGCAUUCAUGAGCAGUACUCCAUUUAUUGCAAGUCCCUGCAUGUGCCAUUAUAGCAUAGCAUAGGAAUUAACACUUUUGAUAUUUUUAUAUCAGGGAGUUUUUAAAGGGUGACAUAAUAUUCCAACUGUUGAACACUAAUAUUUAACACCAGCCACUGAGCCCUUUGCCUUUAGAGCAUUAUAGUAGAAUAAGGCAUGAGAUAGUGGCAAAUAUCUAUAGCUCAUGUGUAGGAUGACAGUGGACAUUCGUUCUCCAAGCUUGUGGGUUGUUUUCCAAAUAUUUUGUUACCAGGCUAGGUAACUUCUUUAGGGGAUAGUUUUUGCAUGGUGGUUGACUGUGUGGCGCAUUGUGGUAUGGGAGCUGUGUGUUAGAAUACAAACUUUUUCAGAUAGCCAUUGUGGAGAAAUGAAUGAAGAUGUUACUUCGCCUGGUAACAAAACGUUCAGAAGCCACCCACAAGCUCGGAGAACGAACCUCCAUGCUCGCAGUAAAGUGAUAGAUAGUAGAUACUUGUAUUAGCAGGCGGCAGCCUUCAAGCAUAAUUCCGAUGAUUCUUUUGAAAGUCUUUUAGUUCUCAAUACCACAACAGAUUGUAGCACUUACUAAUUCUGGCUGAUGCUGAAAAAUAUUAAGCAGCACCAAAUAUAUUUAUUUUAGAGAUGAUGAUGAAGUUCCAGGACUGUAGGCAGGACAUGGACAUAGAAAAAAAUAUAUUCUGGAAAAAGGAAAAGGUUGGCUGUGGUUUUGCCAAAGUGUCUUAAUUUAGUUUUCAAUAAGCUUUGGGGUCAAAACACUCGACAUUUGUCAUCAUUUUUCAAUAUUUGAUUAAGUACACAUUUUGCUCUUUAAGCUUAGAAUGUGAACCUGUAGGAGCCGGAUAUAAAUAUGCACUCCUCUUUUCAUCCUGUUUUUUCAGGAGGUUGGAUUUAUUGUUGAAUGUGGCCAGUUUGCCUUGGGCAAUGUAAAAUCUUUGAUAUUAGGGACCCAGUUGCCUUUUGUUCCCCAGAUUAAUGAUUUAAUUUUUUGUAAUCAGCAUAUCAGCAAAUCCAGGAUUUUGACAUCUUCAUUAGCACCAGCUCUUUUUUUAUUUGUGUGUGUGUGUGUGUGUGCUUUUUACUGCGAUAUUCUUAAAAUAUCAAGAGAUCUAAUUAAUUUCCUGAGCAAUGAGGACAUGGGCUGCACAAUUCCAAUGGACUUUUGAAAGUACAAAAAAACCAAACUGUUCUGUCAUGCUUUGCAAUAGCUCUGGGUUUGUUACUUCCCCUUAUAUUGUGUUGCUGAAUCAAGUUAGGUCAAAAAAGCCAUUUGAAGGACCUUCAUUCAUGUAGAGUGUAAAUUGCCUCUGAAGCUGACAUAGAGGCUAUGUUUGCUGGACAUCCAGUAAUUCCCAGAUCCUUUCUCUCUUCAUGUAUUGUAAGGGAUAUUUUUUCAAUGUGAUGUUUCUUGUAUGCAAGCUGGUUCUGUUUUAGAAUUCUUAAACAAAUCCACUUGAGUGAAAAAGGUUUCCAAUUGCUAACAUUUGGCCAGUUAAGAGUCCCAGAGAUAAGAUAUAGUAAACAUAAUUCUGUCGUCCCCUCAUAUAUUCUAGAAUGUAUCGAAUCAAACAUGAAUUAAAAUAAUAAAAUGCA